AUGGGCAUUUUUGAAGCAUCUAAGUUUCGCAAUGAAAAAUAUAUUUUCAAGUCUAAUCCAUGUGGAAUAUGUGUUAUCAUAAGCAACAACUUUUCAAACACGAAAAUUGAACGGAAAGGUACAAAAAUAGAUCUUGAUAGACUUGAUAAAACAUUUUCAAAGCUAAAUUUUAAAGUUAUUAAAAAAGAAGAUAAAACCGAUAAAGAAAUCUAUCAAAUUAUUGAGAAAUACGGGAAAAAAAAAGUUGAUUGUUUUGUGUGUUGUAUUUUAUCACAUGGAGAUGAGGAAAAAGUAUUUGGAAACGAUAAUAGCCCUCUAACUUUUAAUGAGAUGCGAUCUGCUAUAAGCAAGAAUCAAGAAAAUUUACUCAAGGGAAAACCAAAGAUUUUUUUUAUUCAAGCUUGUCAAGGUCCUAACGCAGCAAAUCAAUACGUUGAAUCAGAUUCUAUAAAUCAAUACGUUGAAUCAGAUCUUAGAGAAGAACUUAACUUGACGGAGAACGAAGACUUCUAUUUUUCUGUAUGCACAACCCCAGGUUUAAAAUAUCUUAUUGUAGUUUUAUAUCAUCUACUGUUUGAAGAUAUUGUGAGAAUGCUAGAUAAAGCUUUAGAAGAAAAUAUUGCGUUUUUAUUGGAUGAUUCAUCAGAAUAG